AAAGCAAAAGUGAGGAUACAAGCAAUUGAUAAACAAGGCAAUCCCCUCUCAAAUGCCACAAUCACGAUUCAACAAAACAAACCAGGGUUCCCAAUAGGUUGUGCCAUAAACAAAAACAUCCUAAAAAAUACACCUUACCAAAAAUGGUUCACAUCAAGGUUCACCGUCACCACAUUCGAAGACGAAAUGAAAUGGUACAGCACCGAAGUUUCCCCCGGUCAUGAGGACUACACAUCAGCCGAUGCCUUACUUAGCUUUGCCAAACAACAUAACAUUGCCGUUCGAGGCCAUAAUGUACUAUGGGAUGACCCCAAGUACCAACCCGGAUGGCUUUACUCACUCUCGCCAGCUGAGCUUUCGAGUGCGGUCCAUAAAAGGAUCGUUUCCGUUAUGUCGAGAUACAGAGGGCAGCUUAUUGCGUGGGAUGUUGUCAAUGAGAAUCUGCAUUUUUCGUUCUUUGAAAGUAAGUUAGGGGAUCAAGCUACUCCAAACUUUUAUAGGUUGGCUCAUGCGGUAGAUUGGUCAGUGCCUUUGUUUUUGAACGAGUAUAAUACUAUAGAGGAUAGUAGAGAUGGGGCAGCUACACCAGCUAAGUACCUGCAAAAAUUGAGACAGAUUCAAGGUUUAACGAGGAAUGCAAAGAUGGGAAUUGGACUUGAGUCCCAUUUUGGUACUCCAAAUCUUGCUUAUAUGAGAGCUUCUCUUGAUACACUUGGUGCUACUGGGUUGCCCAUUUGGCUUACUGAACUUGAUGUUCUAAGCGGUCCUAAUCAGGCCAAAUACUUGGAACAAAUUCUAAUGGAAGCAUAUUCUCACCCUAAAGUAGAUGGGAUUGUAAUAUGGGCAGCAUGGAAACCGCAAGGGUGUUACCGGAUGUGUUUGACCGACAACAAUUUUAACAACUUAGCGACCGGAAAUGUUGUUGACAACCUGUUGCGACAAUGGCAGUCGAGGGCCGUGUCGGGUUUGACUGACACCCGAGGUUUCUUUGAAGCUACCCUUUUUCAUGGUGACUAUGAAAUCAACAUCACACAUCCUUCUUCUUCGGCUCACAGCUUUGUGGUCUUUUCAACAAAUGCAUCCUUGCAAUCGCCACUUACGUUUCAAGUUUCUGUAUGAGAAAAAGCAGUGCAUAAACCAAUAAUCAUAGUUUUAGAUUAAAGGAUUUAUGUUUAAUAGUUCUAUACAUUAAUUUGGUUAAUAUAGCUCAUAACUCAAUAAUAUAAUUUAUAUCACAUUCCGAUAUAUUAUUAACGAUUUAUUGCAUUAUAA